AUGACCUUCUUUGAUCCAGAGACUGAAGAGCUCGAUAUUCCGGUCAUCAAGAAGCAUGCUGUUCGUCUGGUCCGUGAUGGCCUAGCAGGUCUGGUCACCAUGGGUUCCAAUGGCGAGGCGGCACAUUGCACACGGGAGGAGAAGGCAGCUGUCACCCAGGCUACUCGAGAAGCUCUGGACGAAGCUGGGUUCAAGGACACUCCAGUCAUUGUUGGGGCCACCGAGGGCAGUGUUAAGGGGACUAUUGAGCUUUGCAAGAUUGCUGAGAAGGCCGGAGGCGACUAUGUUCUCCUUCUACCGCCGAGCUACUUCCGCACCUUGGUGGAUGAGGACGUUAUAUACAAUUACUUCACAGCCGUUGCUGAUGGAAGCCCGCUACCCCUGAUUCUAUACAACUACCCGGGUGCUGUUGCCGGAAUUGAUAUGGAUUCCGACCUCCUGAUCCGCCUCGCCAAGCACCCGAACAUUAUUGGAACCAAAUUCACAUGCGGCAACACUGGCAAACUCACCCGUGUAGCGUUGGCCACCAAUGCCAAGACUCCUUUUUCAGAAGGAUCCGGAUAUAUGGCUUUCGGCGGUAUGUGUGACUUCACAACACAGACACUCAUUAGCGGCGGAAGUGGUAUUAUCGCUGGGGGUGCCAAUGUCAUGCCGAAGGUUUGUGCCCGUGUCUGGAAUCUGUACGCAGAGGGCAAGAAGGAUGAAGCCGAGGCUCUUCAGAAGACUCUCUCCAAGUGCGACUGGGUCUUGACAAAGGCUUCCAUUGCUGGUACCAAGUCAGCAAUCCAAAGCUAUUUCGGCUACGGAGGCUUCCCUCGUGCACCGCUCAAGAGGCUGGACGGAGUCCGCACAUCAGCCAUCGCCGAUGGCAUCAAGGAAGUCAUGGACAUUGAGAAGUCACUAUAG